GUUAGCUAGCUAAACGAGUUAACCUACCUAGGUGAAGUGAGCUAACAACUAGCUUAGCCGCCCCCAGCAAAUUGGUCGACUUGUUUAGCUUCUCCUUGUUCCUUGUCAGUCAGCUGGCCGAAUGGCUAGUGAGCAGAAAUGUGGUCACGGCAGUCCUCUGCAGCAGUUCGUCCUACUAGCAAAGAACCUCAGAGGAGCCGCGUUAGUUUCACUCAUAAACCGCAUGCUGGAAACCCCAGGAGUUUAUACUUUCGGUGAAUUUCUGGACCUUCCGCAAGUUAAAGAGCUGUCAAAGGGUCCUGACGACGGAUACUCUCGACUUUUGGAGUUGUUCGCCUACGGCGUGUAUCAUGAUUAUCAAGCCAACGAGAGCACCUUGCCUCCUCUCUCUGACGCCCAGAGGAAUAAACUAAGGCAUUUGACAAUCGCUACUUUGGCUGCAAACACGCAGUGCAUCCCCUACAGUGUGCUGCAGACAGCUCUGGAGGUGGCCAGUGUGAGGCAGUUGGAAGAUGUCCUGAUAGAGGCAGUCUACUCAGACGUGAUCAACGGCAAACUGGACCAGUGCAAGCAGCAGUUGGAGGUAGAUGCCUGCAUUGGCCGAGACGUGUGCUCCAAGGACACAGGAGAACUGGCUCAAACACUCAAGAGCUGGUGCACUCGCUGUGAUAGCAUGUGUUGUGCCAUAGAGUCGCAGGUACACAAAGUGAGGCAGAGCAGAGACUGUCUUCUCCUGAUCCAGCAGCAGGUCCAUACUGAGGAGGGGCUACCAGGGGAGACAGAACAAAGAGUUUCCUACAAAAGCACAAGCAAGACCAAGAACAUCAGCAGUCCAAAACAUUAACACAUACAAUAAAAUUAACCAAGGCAAGAGUUUUCAGAGGUUUCAUACGCUCCUUGAGCUCCUUGAACUUUGCAGUAAAAUCUAAACCGUGAGUAGCAGUGGCUUCACGGGA